UCGUGUCGUGCGCCGUGAAAUUAUGACCGAGUAAAUUCGGAGUACCUGGUUGCAGAACGCAGUCGUUUCAAGAUAUGCUGCUGCUUGUUAAAACAGCCGUUCUGCUCACUCUGGUUAUGGCGACAGUGGGCAAGCGAUUCACACGCUGCUCCUUGUCGAAAGAACUUGCCAAGAAUCGCAUACCCAGGAGGCAGAUGGCCGACUGGGUAUGCCUCGUGAACUCCGAAAGUGGCACGAACACGAGAGCGAAGCACCGCAACACAGAUGGCAGCGUCGACUACGGUCUUUUCCAGAUAAACAACAGGUACUGGUGCAGCCCUGGUCCUCACAACGAAUGCCGGGUCAAAUGUAGAGAUCUGCUCUCUAACAACAUAAAGGCAGCAGUAAAAUGUGCCAAAUUCAUCCACAGAAGACAAGGAUUCAGAGCCUGGUGAGUACACGCUACGUGAACUGAACUAGUCAGUAUUAGGGCGCACUUGCUCUUCGGGCUUUGAGGAAAACACUCUGGCGCUGUGAUGUCAUCAUAAAAAGUAACAAUUUUGAACUUGGCAUUCAGUUGCGUCACUAUCAAGCAAAAUUCAGUUCUUCAUUCCGCCUGA